GGACUUGGCUGCUUUUCUAUUUCUUCAUAUUUCUGCAAAAGCUACCUUUCACUUCAGAUCUUGUUUCCUGCAUUUGCUCAUUUUCCUUCUUAGCAGGAUGCUUUCUUGGCAUAAGUGAUUUUUAGCGUUCCCUUCUAGUAGACCCAAAGGAAACAGAGAUCUGAUCUAGUUCUAUAUAGUAAUAGAACAUCUGCUUCUAUUGAAAUCAGGUGCCUUGGCUGGGAUCCCAAUUCUGAACCGACCAGAUGAAGUCUUGGCUCAUGCUCUGCAUUUUGGCUUCAUGGCUGUUUCCUGUCUCAGUAGAUCAUUGUUUCGAUCCUCCUUCAGUCAACUAUAGCAUUGUUGUAGCAACAGCUACAGAAGACAGGUUUCUGGUGACUUACAGCUGUAUCAGGGGCUACCACCUGGAAGGAAAAAGAGAACUUUUCUGCAAUAAAACAUCCUUGGAAUGGGACUCCCCAGUACCUACUUGUCUCUUGGGUCAUUGUCCUAACCCUGUGUUGGUUAAUGGUCAGUUGAACUCCUCAAAACUGGAACCUGUUUCUGAGAAGGAAGUAGUCUCCUUUAAAUGUGACAAUGACUAUAUCCUGAAGGGCAGUAAUUGGAGUCAGUGCCAGCAGAAUCACACCUGGACACCUCCUCUUCCAAUCUGUAUACCAGGACAAUGUGAACCUCCCACAAAGCCAGAUCAUGGCCAUUUUAAAACAAGAGACUUCAAGUCAGGAUCAAAUGUUAGCUUCCACUGUGAUAACGGGUACCAGUUAAUUGGGUCCCAGAGCCUACAGUGUAUGGAGGGGGAAUGGAGUGAUGAGCCCCCCAUUUGUCAAGCCAAGAGGGAGGCCCCAGUGGAAACUAAGGAGGAAUUGUGUGCAUUUCAAGAAAGGAACAACAUUUGCGAAAGUAUACAAACAUUGAUGCAAUGUCAAAACGAAAAUGGAAAAACUCUAGAGGAAUUGAAAUACUCCCUGGAAAUCAAGAAACUUCAACUGGAAAAAAUAAAAGCUUUCAUGAGCACAGAAAUAAAGUAGAGAAGCUUUUGAAUAAACUUUCUUUUUGAUUCUGAAAUUUA